GAUGCGCGCCCCGUGCUAAGCACAGUCCGCUUGAGUACCCACCGCACCGGCAAAUUUGCCGUGCUGGGCUCGGCGCGGGGUGCGCAAAUUGACAUCACCAGGCCCUCACGGCCUGGGCGAGAUGGUCGGAUCUCAAGCGCGAGCCGUAGCAGGAAAUCCGAGGCAAAUGCCCAUGGCUGCAGCCACUGA